AUGAGCGAGUUGAUCAUCGUGACCGCAAGCCCGCAUCGAAUCCAAAUUUCCGUAGACAAACUUGAUAAGACGCUUCAUGACAGCACCCUCGAUUCGGUUGGUCAUUACGGGGACAGAACCUAUGGAAAUUACCUCUGUGUUGUUCACCAUUGA